AUGCAUUUCGCACAGAGGAAAAGACUUCACUGGACCCGGGUUGCGCUGCUCCUCUCCGGAGUCUCGCUGUGCUGUGUGUACCAGCUGGCUGUAAGGGCCAGGCACAGGGCGGACCUGCACACCCAGGGGGACCUCCAGGCAGAGGGGGAGAGUGCUCUGAAAGUGGAGAAGAGGGAGCUGAACUCCAACCAAACAUCUCCACCGAUGGCCACGGCGGUGCACGGCUCCACGGCCGCAGACUCCGCUCAGAUCAGGCACUGCGUUUUCGUGGACCCCGACGCGCCCGGGCACCCCCUGGCGCCCAUCCGGCUCCCGGCCCAGAACGCCACCGCCGCGCCCCCCUCCGCCGCCCCCGGCAGGCGGGCCCAGUACCCGGCGGACCUGUUCUCCGUGGAGGAGCGGCGCAGGGGCUGGGUGGCGCUCCACGUCUUCGGGAUGGCGUACAUGUUCGUGGCCCUGGCUAUCGUCUGCGACGAGUUCUUCGUGCCGGCCCUGGGGGUCAUCACCGACAGGCUGGGCAUCUCCGACGACGUGGCGGGGGCCACCUUCAUGGCGGCCGGGGGCUCGGCCCCCGAGCUCUUCACCUCCCUGAUCGGGGUGUUCAUCGCCCGCAGCAACGUGGGCGUGGGCACCAUCGUGGGCUCGGCCGUCUUCAACAUCCUCUUCGUCAUCGGCAUGUGCGCGCUCUCCUCCCGCGAGGUGCUGCGCCUCACCUGGUGGCCGCUCUUCCGGGACGUGUGCUUCUACACGCUGGGCCUGCUCAUGCUCAUCGUCUUCUUCCUGGACAACACCAUCGUGUGGUGGGAGAGCCUGCUGCUGCUGGCGGCCUACCUCACCUACGUGGCCUUCAUGAAGCACAACGCGCAGCUGGAGCGCGCCUGCAAGUCGCUCUUCAACCGACGCAAGAGGAUCGUCAAGGUGAUCGCCCUGGAGGAGCCUGACAAGGAGAGUGGAUCACCGGCCGAGGAGAACAACCCUGAUGAAACCCAGCAGACCAACAGUAGGCUAAAACAGAGGCCCACCCUGCAGAGAGGGGGCAGCUCCGUCUCCCUGCACAACACCACCAUGAGGAACACCAUCUUCCAGCUGAUGAUCCACACCCUGGACCCGCUGGGGGAAGUGAAGUUCAAGCACAAAGCUGAGAUCAUGACUAAAAUGGCCCAGGGGAAGGUGGAGUCCAGGAGACCCAGAGGAGGAGCAGAAGAUGGGAGCAUCAGUAAAACUGAGCACCCCAACGCCGUCAAUGUCCAGACGACCCCCCCACCCGAGCCAUCCACCUCCCAACACCCCAUCGACAGGGAGAAGAAGGCGGAGUACGCCAAGGGACUGAAGAAGCAGGAAGCAGCAGGGUUGGGGGGGUCAGAUGGCUCUGGGAGCAGUGAGGAAGUGGACAGUGCAGAUGACAGUGAGGAGGAGGAAGAGGAGGAGGAGAGUGAGGAGCCGCUGUCACUGGAGUGGCCGGACUCCUGCCGAAAACAGGCCACGUACCUCUUCCUCCUGCCCAUCGUCUUCCCCCUCUGGCUGACCAUCCCCGACGUCAGAAACCCGGCCUCCAGGAAGUAUUUUGUGGGAACCUUUCUGGGCUCCAUUUUGUGGAUUGCCAUGUUCUCCUAUCUGAUGGUGUGGUGGGCCCACCAGGUGGGCGAGACUGUUGGUAUUACAGAGGAGAUCAUGGGUCUGACCAUCCUGGCUGCGGGCACCUCCAUCCCCGAUCUCAUCACCAGCGUGAUCGUGGCACGCAAGGGCCUGGGGGACAUGGCCGUGUCCAGCUCCGUGGGCAGCAACAUCUUCGACAUCACCGUUGGGUUGCCGGUGCCCUGGCUGCUGUUCUCCCUCGUUAACGGGAUGGUGCCGGUGCCUGUCAGCAGCAAUGGGCUCUUCUGCGCCAUCGUGCUCAUCUUCCUCAUGCUCCUCUUCGUCAUCGUCUCCAUCGCCGCCUGCCGGUGGAGGAUGAACAAGGCUCUGGGCCUGACGAUGUCCCUGCUCUACUUCCUGUUCCUGGUGCUCGCUGUCAUGCUGGAGAAGCGCGUCAUCGUGUGCCCUGUGUCCAUCUGACGCCCCCCCGCUGUCACCGUCGCCCCUCCAGCCUCCAUCACCUCUCCUCUCCCUCUCCCAUCAACCUCACUCAUUCGAUAAUGAACCAUAAUGAUAAAUGUGUUGUUUGAAAAAUUGUUGGGGAUGGUUGGGAGUCCACACCCAGAACAGCAACAAGCGAUCAC